ACCACGUGGGUGAUGCGGAUGACACGUCGCUUGGUAAUCUCCGCGUUCUCCGUACCGUACUGCUAGUUUGCGUUCGGAUCGUCCGGAAAGUAUAAAUUUGGUUGUCUCGCAUUGCACAGCUGCGAGUAAUGAAUUGUCUUCCAAACGUUUCGUUGGUGCAUUUCGAUUUGUAACAAUUUACAUUCAUUGAGGAACAGAACAAGCGCAAUUACGGUGUAGCUCGUCAACAACAGAAUCUUGAAGGUUUAUUGAAGGGAAGAUUUUCCUUUGAUUUUUCUUUCUUAUUUGCAACAGAAACAACAAGAACAAUCAUACACGAUGCCUGCUGCACCUAGUGCUACCACUGUGGGCUCGGUUGGACGAUCGCCCAGUAAAGCCAUAGCACCAAGAACAGGUGGCAGUGGCACAGUAAGACAGAGGAAGAGUACCGUGGCUACUUCUACCAGAAACAGAAAUACUGGCACGAGCUCCGGUGGAAUGUGGAGGUUCUACACAGAUGAUUCUCCUGGUAUUAAAGUAGGUCCCGUACCAGUACUUGUGAUGUCUUUAUUAUUUAUUGCAUCUGUAUUCAUGCUUCAUAUUUGGGGCAAGUAUACUCGAACCUAGAAUUAAGCGGGAUGUAUUGAGAGAUUGCGCUGGGAGAAUGAAGACAACACUAGACUACGCAAAUUCAAUUGGCAUUUUGAAAUAAAUAUAUAUGGAUUUUUAAUAUAUAUAUAUAUAUAUAUUUAUAUUAAGAUUAAGAUGAACAAUAUGUCGUUGAAGAGAGACUAUCAUUCACAAUUCAUUGCGAUGUAUAAAUAUCAUUGUUGUUACGCAGUCGAAAUGUAUUCAAGUUUCACGAAACAAUAGAGAUUUAUAAAGAGGUCACUACCUCUUCUUCUUUUUUUUUUUUUUUAAUAAAUUUAUUCAUUACAUAUGAAUGUGUGAAAACUGUGGAAAUAUUUUAUUUGUAUUCGUAAUCUUACUGUUAAGGAAAUACUGGAUAAUAUGUAAUAGGAAUAAAAAUAUGACUUAUUUUUAUCCUAA